AUGCUGGAUUCCGAAUCAGAAAGUAGACAAGAUGAGGAUGUGCUAGAGGUAGAUUUCUCGCUCCCUUUACGCGAAUUUAGUGAGAAUCUCAUAAAGAGGCAUGAAAAAAUAGGUAAAUGGAUUAAGCUCACUAAGGAGGAUGAAUUAUUGUGGUAUAUCUUUUUGACAGUGGGGGCACUUGUGGAUCCAUUCACUCAACCAGAGGAAUCGGAUGACUUCAUUCUCAGCGUAGAUUCCAUAUCAAGUUUGCUCAUCGCUAUUGCAUACCCCAAGUACGUAGAUCUAGAGUAUGUGAAACACUUUGACGGCGGUCGAGCUGAGGCUGAAGGAAAAGAGGAAGAAAUAGAUAUUAAUUCUUGCAAAUUUGGUAUGUCAAUGCGGUUUUUCGAGCUCCUCCUUUUAGUUAAUAGAGCAAUAAAUGCAGAUGACGAGCUAAAGCUCAGAUAUGUGGAUAAUGAAGGAGAUUGGGUUAGCAAAUUACUUGAAUGGGUACCUUCACCUGGCUUGAAUGAUUCAGAAUUAAGAAUCGUUUAUUCAAUAGUUUGCAUAUUGGUCGUUUCAAUUCACAAAAUGGUUUCGCCGAAAUCUUGUCAAGGAAAUCUAAGUAAGAACCCGUAUUUGCAAUAUUUCAUAAAGCUUUGGAAGUGUCACACAAACAUCAUAAUUUUGGCCUUGGAAAUUGAUAGAAAAGUUGAAGCUGAAAAUGAACAUGAAGAUGAUCAGUUUGAAAUCCCGGAGAUUGUUUAUCAAACUGUAAAUGGCUCUAGUGCUAUAAGGUUUGUCUUGGGAAGUAUUUUAAAUCAAAAUCUGUCUCUGUUAUUAAAAGAGAAACUACCCGUAUCUCACAGUGAAGAUACAGAUCUGGAAGAUGAUUUGAAGAAUGAAACUUUAUUAAACUUCAUUCAACCUUUGGGCCGUAAGAAAGUUAAUGGAGGUGCAUUACUGAUCGAUAUGCGGUUGGUGGUAAUUGCAUUGUUAAUUGUAAAAUGUGGAAUAACUUUCACAUCUACUAUUAAAGCAACAGAUAAGCCCGAUUCGAGCGAGGAGGAAAAGAAAAGAAUAAUAGCUCAGAAUACACCAAUUUCCGAGAUUGGCGAUUUAUUGAUUGAUUUAGAGUAUGAUGACCGAUUUGAAGAAGAUAUUAGGUAUAUGUUCGAUUAUGGAUUCGAUAAUACAGAUGAUGAGUGGCUGGACAUUAUUGAAAAAGAAGAGGAUUCAGGUGAACCUGAAGCCAAAAAGACGCAUACACCAGCAGAAGAAAGUGUCGUGACAACAGCAGUUAGAUCAAAAGAUACUUCUACGAUUAAUUUUGAUGAAUUUGGACGGGACUGGAGAGAUGUUCCAAGAGACGAAAAUGCGUUUUUUCAGGACUGGUUCUUGCUGUGCGUGAAGAACUUUAAAAAGCUUGACAAAAAAGAGGAUUCUGAUGAUUUUUUUGGGAAAUGGGAGGAGUUAGUAGAAACUUUACGGUUUUUGAAGACUAAUUCCAUUGAAGAUGAGCUGGUUACUGAAAGUCGGAUUGGACAAGCGUUGCUUAAUACAAUUGCGAAGGCUAUAAAGGAUGAGGCUGAUGGUGUCAAAAAUGAUAUAACUCCUGAUAAAUUUUAUGAAUUCUUGUCAAGUGUGGCACCGGACGAUGCAAUCCAAACGACCCUGAAUAAAAACAAAUUGAUCGUUCCUAUAUUUCAGAUAACUAAUGCCGAAAUAUUUCUUCAUAAUAAUAACAAAUUGGCAAGAUGUGUAUUUGAUGAGUUGUUCAUGUGUAAAGGUUAUAGGAGGGUUUUGAUAUGGUUCUUAACUCAUAAUAUUAAUUUAUCUACACUAUUAAUUGACUACGUGUUCGAAUUAUUGUCUGGGUUGAGAGGUAGUGAUGAAAGGCAAAGGCCUUAUAAGUUCUCUAGAAAAGGUGGUCAAAUUUUACUCAGUGAUGUUGAAAGGCUGAUGUUGCUUCAUGAAUUCUUAUCAAACUGUAGUCUUUAUCUUUCUGCGACAGAAGGGAUACAUAUGGACGACGGAUAUAAGAUUGUUUUAGCAGAAUCUAUUGCCAAGAAGUAUUUGAGUCUUAUUUGCCUAAUGAUCAAUCAAUUAAUCAAAAUUGGUGUUAUUACCCUAGGUGCGAAAAACAAAGGGAAUAAAGACGACGACAUAGAUGACUAUUCUAACGAUAUACAAGUUUUGCUUAUAAGCUGGAUCGGAAAAUUACCCGAAGCUCGUGAGUUAUUUUUCAAAAUUAAGACGGCCAAUUAUGAUAUAGAAAGACCCCCAAGUCAUGAUGAUGUCACGCCUAUGGUACACUACGACUCAGAAGAUCUUGCCAAUCUAAUCGACAAAUUUUCCCUACUUUCAACUUCAGAAAUUACCGAUGAUUUAUACAAAAAUCCUGAUCACUUGAGUAUCAUUGGUAAUCUCGGUAUGAGAAUCGAGCACCAUAUAAAGCUUAUUAUAUCUGGCUAUUCCAAUGCCGCUAAAGUGACUGAAUUAACCUUACUGGAAGGAGAGCACAUUUCAAGUGAUUUCAAGUUCUUCUUGAACCAUUUUGACACUCUAUGCAAGAUUGAAUACCUAGCAGAAACACUUUUCGAGAAGCUUGAUGCUCUAUUGACGGCAGGUUUGGAAACUGAUUUACCUGGAUUAGGUGCAACCUCCACUUCUGAAUUCAAUGAUCAGUUCCUCAAUGGUGAGGUGAAGUUCACGAAUAGCGGAAAAUAA